UAGACCCAUGAUGGAGCGAGUCUCAGGACCAACCAAUGAGAAGUCUCAUUUGGCCUCCGCCCCUCCCACCCCCGCCUGAGGUCAAAAGCCUUUGUCAGUUGCACCGCGGCCUGUGAGCGGAGUAUCAAGGCGCCUAGUUGGCUGUGGUUGCUUUGCUCGCUCGUCCCGCUGCCUACAUGGCCCUGAGAGGCGUCUCCGGGCGGCUGCUGAGCCGCGGACCCCUCCUGUGCUUUCUGCGCGCGUGGGGCUCGGCGACGGCGCUGACCGAAAAGGGUGGGAAGACACAGAACCGACCGGCCAAAUCCUUGCGUCCUGAGUUUGACUGGAGGGACCCGCUGGUGCUGGAGGAGCAGCUGACAGCUGAUGAGAUCCUUAUCAGGGACACUUUUCGCACCUACUGCCAGGAGCGCCUCAUGCCCCGCAUCCUGCUCGCCAAUCGCAACGAAGUUUUUCACCGGGAGAUCAUCUCUGAGAUGGGGGAGCUUGGUGUGCUGGGCCCCACUAUCAAAGGGUAUGGCUGUGCUGGAGCCUCAUCUGUGGCUUAUGGGCUCCUGGCCCGGGAGCUGGAGCGGGUAGACAGUGGCUACAGGUCAGCAAUGAGUGUCCAGUCUUCCCUUGUCAUGCACCCCAUCUAUGCAUAUGGCAGCAAGGAGCAGCAGCAGAAGUAUCUGCCCCGGCUGGCCAAAGGGGAGCUCCUUGGCUGCUUUGGACUCACAGAGCCCAACCACGGGAGUGACCCUGGCAGCAUGGAGACCAGAGCCCGCCAUAAUGUGUCUAGCAGGAGCUACACCCUCAAUGGGACCAAGACCUGGAUCACCAACUCGCCUGUGGCCGACCUGUUUGUAGUGUGGGCUCGGUGUGAAGAUAACUGUAUUCGGGGCUUCCUGCUGGAGAAGGGGAUGCGGGGUCUCUCUACCCCCAAGAUCGAGGGCAAGUUUUCCCUGCGGGCCUCAGCCACGGGCAUGAUUGUCAUGGAUGCUGUGGAGGUGCCGGAGGAAAACAUACUGCCCGGUGCCUCUGGGCUGGCGGGUCCCUUCGGCUGCCUAAACAAUGCCCGGUAUGGUAUUGCCUGGGGCACGCUUGGAGCUGCUGAGUUCUGUUUGCACACAGCCCGGCAGUACACCCUGGACAGGAUUCAGUUUGGUGUCCCACUGGCCAGGAACCAGCUAAUUCAGAAGAAGCUGGCGGACAUGCUCACUGAGAUCACGCUGGGCCUUCAUGCUUGCCUGCAGCUUGGCCGCUUGAAGGAUCAAGACAAGGCCACCCCGGAAAUGGUCUCCCUGCUGAAGAGAAAUAACUGUGGGAAGGCCCUGGACAUCGCCCGCCAGGCCCGAGACAUGCUGGGGGGAAAUGGGAUUUCUGACGAAUAUCAUGUGAUCCGGCAUGCCAUGAACCUGGAGGCUGUGAACACCUAUGAAGGCACUCACGACAUUCAUGCUUUGAUCCUCGGAAGGGCAAUCACAGGGAUCCAGGCAUUCACCAGCAAGUGAAUACACUUCACCCCAGGAGCCUGGAUGGUCCCAAUCCCUUCCCAGGGAUCUGCUGUGCUCUGAGUUUACUCAGGGAGGUCGCAGAUGGAGCCAUUUUAUGGUGGGAGGUGAGAGACACUGAUUUUUAAAUUUCAAAUUUUCCCUUUUGAAGUCACUCAAAUGUGCUCCUUAAAAGAAGUGGGGCUCUCUGUACCAAGUUUCUCAAUCCAGCAGACCCCACUACCUUGGAACAGAAGCUUCUCUUGACUUGGAUCAGGGAGAGGAAAGAGAGUGACACCAAAGCAACCUCUGUGAGACCUGACCUAGUGGCUGACUGAGCAGCCCCCCCUGCUCCUCGAGUUCCCUGUGUGCCCUCUGACCCACCCAUCUUGCUACUCCAGAUGGGAGGGUCAGAUGUCCCACUCAUGAGAUCCCCUGUGCAUUCUGAAGAAACAUCAGGGACAAGCAUUAACACUGGAACUGAACAUAACAUAAGUGCCUUAGAUUUACAUUGGGGUAGAAUGAGGGGGAAGAAAGAAUAAUAAACAGUCUGGGAGGAGGGUAAUGGGGGGAAAAGGGGGACAUUUGUAAUACUGUCAACAAUAAAAUAAAAGAGUCUGCACAUCUGAUCCUCAAUAUUGGGCCACAGUUACUUGUAACCACCUGAGUGGUCCUUUCAGUCACAGGGAAAAUGAACAUGUAUGGGAGCUGUGAGGUGCUCAGAUGUGGUGGGGAUUUCCCCCUGCCUCCACAGUGACCUGGCCCAUGUCUGCAUCUUUGGCUCUGCUGUAAUAAGUAAACCUGGUUAGGCACUGCUCAGGGAUGUAGGUGGAGGGGACUUUGUUCUUUCUGUCACCACACAGAGCUGGCCACAUAGCAAUGAAAUAACAGUGGGCUGGUUUCUCAGCUCCAACACACCGUGUUUAUAGAUCUUGGAGCCACAAGCGAGAUGGCAGGAGCCCCCAAUUCUGUUGACAUUUACUUUCAUCUCAGCCCCUACAGUUCUCCUCAGGCACCACCCCUUGUGUGGGUUUAGUCAUACCUCUGGCUGGACACACAGGUCUUUAUACACGGUCUCCACAGUGUGGCACACUUGUUUGAGCUCU